AUGUCUUGGAAACUCGCCAGAAGCAAGAAAUCCUCCGCCACCAACCUCAGAGCGGAGGAGAUGGCUGCUGCUCGAUCCACCACCCCGACACCUGGCAACCCGGACGGACACGCCAUGGCACGCGCCUCGCCAUCUGGCCUUCUCACCAUCCGUGUUCUCGGUGCAGAGGGCCUGGCUGCAGGCAUUCCCGUGCCUGCCUCCGUCCAAGGUGCGCUUCAAUCUCAGCAAGCCAAAAUCGCAGCAUCCGUUUCCCCAUCAAGUCUCGCCCAGCAACGGCUGGCAAAGAAGAACAGAGACAGCAUCCAACGUGCCCAAUGCUGGUGGCUGCCGUACAUCGUUAUGGAAUACGAGGUCAAUCAAAUCCUCAUCACCCCUCUGGGCGGUGAUCUGGAGAAACCUCUGUACAUGUACCAAGCCCAUUUUGAUGUUUCGCGGAACUCUGAGAUAUCCCUCCAAUGCUACCUUCGUGCUGAAGAGCCCAAACGCGCUAGCGACGGGUCGGGGGACAUGGGCAACGAUGUUUUUCUCGGCGGAAUCAAGUUCGUGCCAGACUUCGAGAACAGAGGCACCCAAGACCAGUGGUACGAGUUCGCUGGUGGAUCGGGCAGAAUCCAAAUCGGCGUCACAUACAAGCCCUCUUAUGGUCAAUCGCUAAACAUAGACGAUUUCGAACUCAUUACCGUUAUUGGCAAGGGGAGCUUUGGCAAAGUCAUGCAAGUCCGCAAGCGCGACACCGGCCGGAUUUACGCCCUCAAGACGAUUCGCAAAGCGCAUAUCGUAAAGCGGAACGAGAUCACGCAUACCCUGGCGGAGCGCCUUGUUUUAUCUCGCGUGAACAACCCCUUCAUCGUGCCGUUGAAGUUCAGUUUCCAGUCGGAACAGAAGCUCUAUCUCGUCCUUGCCUUCGUGAAUGGAGGAGAACUCUUCCAUCACUUGCAACGGGAGCAGCGUUUCAACGAGGAACGUUCUAGGUUCUACAGCGCAGAGCUACUUCUUGCGCUGGAGCAUCUCCAUGAACUCGACGUUGUCUACCGUGAUCUCAAACCAGAGAACAUUCUGUUAGACUACACCGGACAUAUCGCACUCUGCGACUUUGGCUUGUGCAAACUGAACAUGAAGGCCACGGAUACCACCGCCACGUUCUGCGGGACCCCUGAAUACCUUGCACCCGAAAUCCUGCAAGGGCGGGGAUACAACAAGACCAUCGAUUGGUGGACUCUGGGUGUCCUCUUGUACGAGAUGCUUGCCGGUCUGCCCCCCUUCUACGACGAGGUCACGGACAUAAUGUACCAGAAGAUCCUCAACGAUCCUCUGGUAUUCGGUCCCGAGAUCGGCACAGACGCACGCAGCAUCCUGACCGGCCUCCUGACGCGCGACCCCACCCACCGCCUCGGGGUCAACGGCGCCGCAGAGAUCAAACGCCACCCGUUCUUCGAGCAGAACAUCGACUUCGUCAAGCUCCUGCAGAAGAAGAUCCAGCCCCCGUUCAAGCCCAGCGUCGCCAGCCCAAUUGACGUGUCCAACUUCGAUACUGUCUUCACCACGGAGGACCCUAUUGACAGCUUCGUUGAGGAUUCGAACUUGUCGCAAACGGUGCAGGAUAAAUUCUCAGGCUUUUCGUAUAACGGCACCAACAUGCCUGUCAGCCCAUGA